CGCUCGCCUGUGAUACCACUUGCUCCGCGCGCGCGUUAGAUUUAAAUAGGCUGUAGAUCCAAGGGCGCAUCCUCUGCUGCUGCUUCUGCAGGUUAUAGCCACUCAAACCUGGAGAUUUCUUUUCUCCACAAGGACUAAACUACAUUUCUGGAAUGUGUAUACGAUGCACAGAACGUUUGUUGUCCCGUAUGUGGACCUGGUGUUUAAUUUAAGCGGUUUUCUUGGUCAUUACGCUUGAAGGAAGUGCGGCUGCUUAGUUAUAAUUUACUUACACUGGAAAAAGAUUUUUUCAUUCAUCAGAAACUUUGGGAGCUUGUUUCUCUUUAUUUAUUUUAUUUUUUUUACUCGUAGAAGAAGUUGUAAGGAUGUUUUUUUGCUACACGACGAGCACGACCAUCCUCCUCUUCCUCUUCUUCCUCUUCCUCCUGAGUACUGGUUGGUGUGAAAAGUUGCAUCAUAAGUUGGUGAAGUUCACACCAGUACAGCUGGACAAGACUUACGGGAAGCUCUACAAACAUAAUCAAUGCCACUACAUGCUCAAACACCUUCAAGACGGAGAGCAGAUCAGUGUGCAAAUGCCUCCUGAUAUUGCUGGACGCUGGGUAUCUGAAAGCUGUGAGGUGAGAUCCGGACCAGAAUUCCUCACUCGAUCUUACCACUUCUUCUCAAACCACACCUUCCAGGCACUUCAGUUCUAUUACAGGGACAACCACUGCACAAAGCCAAGCUACACACUCCUCAUCGAAGGCAGUCUGCACCCCCGUCAGGCAUCGUGGCUUGUCCGUGGAGGCACAGAGUCGGAGUACCAGCUGAGUCGAGUGCUUCUGGUUAGCCACAGCCUGCCAGUGGCCAAAGAUCUCCAGGUAAAACUGGAGAUGUCCUGUGGUCUGACAGAGAAACUGGAGCCAGAACUGAGCUAUGAGUUGUGGGUAGAGGGCUCUGAUCGUGACUGCACCCACGGCUUAGACUUCAGCAUGCAGGAGCUGCAGCUGUUACGCAUGGAGAGGCGCUUUCGGCCCAGCGAGACAGAUAGACAAGCGGAGGAGUUGUUUGUGGGUGAUGUGCACACAGAGCACACACAGAGGCGAAACUACAGGCCCAUAGGCUACCAGCCCCCCCUGCAGAACAUCAAGACUUAUGACAACAGCUGUAUCGCCUGCCAGAUUAUCUCUGUAGGAGAUUUACAUCAUCCACCAGUUCUGCCAUCUCGGACUGACCACCCCCUGCGUCUCUACGGAAACUGGGUCAGUAAACGGUGUGAGGUUCGCCCAGGGGUGCUCUUCCUCACACGUCAUUUUGUCUUCCACAAGGAUAGCAACAUUUGGGAGGGCCAUUAUUACCACUACUCGGACCCAGUCUGCAGGCAUCCAACAUUCAGCAUCUCUGCUAAAGGACACUACAGCCCAGGAAUUCCCUCCUCUAAAGUCAUGGGAGGCACUGAAUACACAUUCACAGUGACCCAGAUGAAGGUUACUCCAAUGGACGUGGCCACUACUUCACUCCUGAAUGUCUUCAGUGGUGAUGAAUGUGGAAAACACGGCUCCUGGAAGCUGGGAGUCCAACAGGACGUUACUCCAACAUCAGGCUGUGCUGCCCUAGGCAUACGUCUGCCUCACACUGAAUACGAGCUUUUCUACAUGGGACAAGAUUCAGCUGGACACCACCUCCUCUUUAAUGGACAGAGACCUACAAAUGGCUCAAGUCCUGACCAGCCUUCCAGGCGUGCCACAUCCUACCAGCCGCCAUUGAUCCACUGCAGCUCUGGACAGAAAGGUGUUGGAAAGGAGGGAGACCAUCAUUUCAGGCUUGGGCAUGGAUGCAAGACACAGCCCCAGUACCUGGUAUACACCCUCAUUUGGGUCACACUUUUCUUUUCAGUUAUAUAAGAUCAGCACACUCCGUUUCUGCUUAUCACAGGAAAAAACCGAAGUGUAUAGAAACUGUUCUAUAUCCAGAUCACAGCUUCUUUAAACCAUGGGAUUGUUAACUAGAUGUCAAAUAUGAUGGUGGAACUGCUUCAGCAGCCUUUGUUUUUAGGUGUUGUGGAAAGAAUGUUACUUUUACCAUCUCGUGGACUGUACAUUUUUAAAUAGCUAAAAAUCACCAUCAAAUAUUUAUGAAGCUGAUAAAGAAAGCAAGCAUGUUAGUUACAAAGUUAUAGUAAUAGAUUGUCAUACACUGCAUGCAUUGUAUCAAAGUGAUCGAGUUUCUGUUACGAUAAAAAUGUACAAUAGUGUAUAGAGAGACAAACAACACACUGAAACAAGAAUGUUAGAUAUUUUUAUUUAAUUUUAAUUUCUCUUAUUUCCCAGUGGCUCAAUGUUAAAUACCAUAUACAGUCAGAGUGGUCAUGUUUCAGUUAACAGUUGCCUCACAAAUGAGUAUAUAAUUUGCAUAAAAUAAA